UCAUUAGCUUCUUUGUCUUUCUCAACAAGACUUUGCAUCGAAAACGAACAAACAUAUACUGUGGCGUUCUGGUGUUGGUUCUGGCGUUAUCUUUUAUGUGUAUCUGAUAGAUUUCGAUUCAGGCACAACUGUGGCUACUGUUGUCGUUUAUAAAUUUGUCUGGUUUCUCCUUUAUCUGUUCCUCCAAUGAACCUAGUUUAACCUCUACCUUACAGUUAAAAACACAAACCUCGAAAAGCCAACAGCAAUGCCACUUAGAAUGUCGAUAUUUCCAUAGUUGUUGCAUCCUUCAAAUCCCUGCCACAGUACCCUCAUUUCUACUUACCUGAAAUCCUACAUCAUGGCUAGCCUCAAGUCUACAUGUGUUUUGUUUCUGGCUAUGUUUUGCAUAUCUGUAACAAAAUCCGAACCAUAUUUUUCACCAGGGCCAGCCCCUGAAAUUUUCCCACCACUACCCGUAUCUUACGUGCCAACUCCAGCUCCAGGCCCUACUUCUUACCCACCUGUGCCAGCAGUUUCGCCAUCUCCACGAGGAAUCAAAGCUGCUUAUUGGCCAUCGUUUGAAUCCUUUCCAGUUUCCUCCAUUGACACUUCAUUUUUCACCCAUAUUUACUACGCCUUUCUCUUACCCGAACCCAACUUUUUCAAACUUAACGUCACCUCAUUGGACCAACAAAAGUUACCCGAAUUCAUGUCCGGGUUAAGCGCCAAAAACCCACCCGUCAAGACCAUACUCUCCAUAGGAGGCGGUGGGAACGACCCGAAUGUGUUCGCUGGAAUGGCGAGUACCAAAUGCACGCGCGCGGUUUUCAUUAAUUCAACCAUCGAAGUAGCUCGGAAUUACCAGUUCGACGGUAUUGACUUGGACUGGGAGUUUCCUGAAACCGUCGACGACAUGGCCAACCUCGCUUUGUUGUUCGAGGAAUGGAGCGAAGCACUUCAAAACGAAGCCGAAACCAGCUGGAAACCACGUUUGCUUUUGACUGCUGCCGUAUAUUACUCAUCGGAGUUCACUACUUACGGCGUGCCUCGAUCGUAUCCGGCUCGUGCUAUGGCCAAAUAUUUAGAUUGGAUGAAUCCAAUGUGCUUCGAUUAUCAUGGGAAAUGGGAUAACUUCACUGGAAUGCAUUCAGCACUUUUCGAUCCCAAUACUAGUGCUAGCAGUAGCCACGGAAUCGGGUCUUGGAUUCGGGCUGGGGUGCCGCCGGGAAAACUGGUUAUGGGGCUGGCAUCAUAUGGGCAUACAUGGAAGCUCCAGGAUCCGAAUAUUAAUGGGAUAGGAGCACCGGCAACCGGCGUAGGGCCGGGAGAUGACCCGGGGUUGUUUGAUUAUUAUGCUAUAUUGGAUUUUAACAAGGAGAAUAAUGCUACGGUGAAGUACGAUAGGACAACGGUGUCGUAUUACUCUUACGUUGGGGACACGUGGAUUGGGUACGAUGAUGUUAAGUCCAUUAAGUGGAAGGUCUGGUUUGCAAGGGUUAAAGGCUUAGCUGGGUAUUUCUUUUGGGCUGUUGGUUAUGAUAAAGAGUGGGCUCUCUCGAGACAAGCUCUAAUGGCAUGGGAGUACUAGUUGGAAGCUGAGGAGGAGCAGAGAUUACUUCUUUUUUUGCUUUCAUUUUAAUGAAAUUAAGAUUCAUUCUCAACAAUUAGCAAACAUCAUGGGUUGGGUUUUUUUUUUCUUUCCUUUUUUGAUUGUUGACAUAAUUCUCACCAUUAAAUAACAUCUUCUCUUUGUUUCAAA